GUAACUUUAGAUAAAAAGAUCACAGCUUGAGGUCUACCGAAAUUAUUUGUGUUUAGUAUGACAUUAUAUGCGAAAGAAACAGUUGUGUGAAAAUGUGGCGUGUAUUACUUCUUAUAUCAUUCUUCGGGUGCAAUAGUAUCCAGUCGACUUCAUUCGACUUGGGAGGAGUCGUGUCUGGUAACCGCAUGGCUGCUGUACCAUUAGGAAGGUCACUCGGGGAGGGAGAACUGGACAUUGAGGGUAUUUGUACAGAAGCUGGUAUGGCAUGUCAAAAUUGUACGCAUGCUGUCACUUGCAUACCAUUACCUGUUGGAUGGCUGAAAGUGCCCUUGCAACAGUGCUCUGACGGACAAACUUGCAACGCUCAUCUCAAGCAAUGUUCGAAUGACGCUGUCCCCGAGUGCGAUAUUGUAACACAGAAAUUUCAACACAUCUGCGAGCAGGUUGGUAUAUUCCCAGACGCCCACGAUUGUAGGAAGUUUCAUUUAUGUUCCCCACCAGACGACUUCGCUAAUGGUAGACCUGCAGACCACAGAGCGGCGUUAUGUCCCAGACAUUACGGCUAUGACCCCAGGAUUGCUCAAUGUUCGAUAAAACUAAAACAUGGGCAGUGCGAUCAGAGACCAGUUCCAAGUUGCAAAAAAGUCGGCCAAUCUGGUGUCUUGGAAGGCAGCCCACAUCACUACUACGUAUGUCUUUCGAGACAUGGCAAUUUGUAUCCUCAAAUCUUCAUCUGUCCCCACGGAUGGUACUUUUGGAAUAAUUUUUGUCAACCAGAACCCGAAAUUGAAAAGACAUUAGGAGAAAUGAAAAGCAAUGGUAACCUGAAGACGAUCACUGAAAGCACACGGGAUAGUGAUCAUUUGAUAACGGUGACCACAAUAACCACACCAACACCAGUCACAUACAGAAUAAAUUCAUUCUUUUCAACAGAGAAGCCUGUUACAUAUCCAGCAGAUACUUUCUUAGCUGAUAAAUUCGAUUUAACAAACUAUGAAACAACAGAUGACGUAUCACCAAAUAUGAAUGAUGAAUUUGCUAAUUCAUUUGAAAGUGGUACCGAUUUUUGGUAAAAUAAUCUUU